UUUUCAUUAUCGAAAAAGCCAUAAAUCCGUUUCGCAUCAAUCAUGGUUUCGAAUUUGGUGAUUCUGGCCACAACAAUGCUACAUGUGGGGCUUCAGUGCAGUGUAUUCGUGGCCAUGGAUUACGUCCUGGUGCCUGGGACCUUCUUCGCUGGCUGGAUAGUGUACUGCGGCCUACUGUACUUCCUUCAGGAUAUGGAGCUGCUGCCGAAGCACUACAAGCGCCGCAUGGGCCGGCUUUCCAGCUUCGUUAUCGAGGUGGUGCUAAGUAUUUUCAUCAUGGAGGCUCUGGCUCUGUUCUUUUGGUCCAGAAUUGUGGCCAAUAUCUGCCUGUGCCUGAAGACCGCGAUGUGCUACUACGGCGGAGAGGUUGAGGAGUAUUACCUUCAGCACGAGACGAUUAUUGUGGGAACUUUGAUCACAUCGAUAGCUGCGGGCUUCUCGCUGAGUGCAGCUUGGGCCACGGAUCCAUGGGAUUCCCGUGACGAGCAGCCGGAGACUGAAGGCAAGACGCUCCAACAGAUAGCGGACGAACUUCAAGAGCAGAUGGAUAACGAGGAGCUAAAACUGCAGCUGGAGAAGGACUUGCAAUCGGCCGAUGCUGAUUCAUUGUCCCCCGAAGCCUAGAAUUACUUGUUACUGUUCCUGUCUUCUAUCCAUACUCUGCCCCGCUCUGGUGUCAAGUCCAUCAAUACGAUUUACCGGGCACCAAGCACAAAAGGAGCCCUUCAGAAAGUGCUUUCAAUUAGAUACAGGAGUGGACAACACCGAGGAGUGCCCUACCUGACCAACAACUCUUUGACCGCCUGGCGAUGAUCAUUGCCUAGGCAGUCAGCCGGGACAGGACCAGACCAGACCAGACAAGCCAGGACCGGGAGCAGGACCAGGAGUAGGACCAGGACCCGGACCCGGACAGAGGGCCGAAAGCAGAGGAAGAGGCGGCAACUUGACGCUGAAAAUGUAUUUAUUCCAGCCAGAUGGACUCAAAAAGCUCUAAAGACCGUUCCAAAGGAUACAACGAAACCGUGCCCGGGGGCGGCACUGGGGCGGGGCCAGUAGUAUGAUGGACUGCAGUAAAAUUUCUAUGAAAAUUGA